CUAGCCAACUCUUUAGCUGGAUCGCUAGAUAUCGCUAAUAUUAGAUCAGUAACGACAAACUGUUCCCCAACGGAAUGUAGAGAAAAGUGAAGGGUGACCAGGGCUCCUCGAGUUGCCAAGGCGAUGAAGAUCCGCUGGUCUCGUAAGCUGGGGCUCCUGGCCAAGGCCUGCGCCUUCCUGUGGGUGCUGUGGUUAGCCUACAGUCUGCUGCUGCGUUCUUCAUCCUCAUCCUCAUCCUACUCCCGUAGCAACGACGGCGGGGGGGAGGGAGACGUCCGGAACGCGAGGGCAGUUCCACGGGAGGACGAUGAAAACGCGGCCGCUUUAUCGCGGCCUGUUUACGAGAAGCCCCCGCCGGACCCCAACGCCCCCGGGGAGUGGGGCAAAGCCGCCCGGCUGAGUCUGAGCAGCGAGGAGAAGAAGCAGGAAGAGGACAGCAUAGAACGCUACGCUCUCAAUAUCUAUGUCAGCGAUAAGAUUUCCCUCCAUCGCCACAUUGAGGAUAACAGGAUGCACGAAUGCAGAGCAAAGAAGUACGACAUUCGCCGUCUGCCCACCACGACGGUAAUCAUAGCCUUUUACAACGAGGCCUGGUCCACCCUGCUUAGAACCAUCCACAGCGUGCUGGAGACCACACCCGCCUUGCUUCUCAGAGAGAUCAUUCUCAUCGAUGACUUCAGUGACCGAGUCUAUCUUAAGAGCCAGCUGGCCGAGUACAUUAGCAACCUGGAACGCGUGCGUCUCAUUCGCACAAACAAGAGGGAGGGGCUCGUGCGUGCCCGACUCAUCGGCGCCACCUACGCUACGGGGGAUGUCCUUACCUUUCUGGACUGUCACUGCGAGUGUGUGCCCGGCUGGAUCGAACCCCUGCUGGAGAGAAUCGGAGAGAGUGAGAGCACCAUCAUUUGCCCGGUUAUCGACACCAUCGACUGGAACACGUUUGAGUUCUACAUGCAGACAGAUGAGCCCAUGAUCGGCGGCUUCGACUGGCGGCUGACCUUCCAAUGGCACAUCGUGCCACAGGCGGAACGCAACAGACGCAAAUCCCGAAUUGAUCCCAUCAGGUCUCCUACCAUGGCUGGAGGAUUGUUUGCUGUGAGCAAGGCCUAUUUUGAGUAUCUGGGAACCUAUGACAUGGGCAUGGAGGUCUGGGGGGGAGAGAACCUGGAGCUCUCCUUCAGGGUUUGGCAGUGUGGAGGAUCUUUGGAGAUCCAUCCUUGUUCCCACGUCGGUCACGUUUUCCCAAAAAAGGCACCGUACGCCCGCCCCAACUUCCUCCAAAACACCGUCCGCGCCGCGGAGGUCUGGAUGGGCCCUUACAAACAGCACUUCUACAACCGCAACCCUCCGGCCAGGAAGGAGUCACACGGGGAUAUAUCUGAGCGGAUUCUUCUGCGGGACCGGCUCAAGUGUCAAAGCUUCGACUGGUACCUGAAGAACAUCUACCCCGACCUACACGUGCCAGAGGACCGGCCCGGCUGGCACGGAGCUGUACGGAGUGAAGGCAUCCACUCUGAAUGUUUGGACUACAACGCUCCAGACCACAAUCCCACUGGGGCCCAGUUGUCUCUCUUCGGAUGCCACGGGCAAGGAGGCAAUCAGUAUUUCGAGUACACGUCGCAGAAAGAGAUCCGCUUCAACUCGGUGACGGAGCUGUGCGCCGAGGUCCCUGAGGGUCAGGUCAGCAUAGGGAUGAGAAACUGCCCCAGAGACGGCCUGCCCUCACCCCCCAGCAUCAUCUGGGAGUUCAGAGACGAUGGAACCAUAUACCAUCGUCAUACUGACAAGUGCGUCACCUCGUACCGUACGGCUGAGGGACGGACCAAUGUCCAAAUGAGGACUUGCACGCCGGGAGAUAAGCAACAGCGCUGGAAGUUUGAAUGAUCUUCGAUCUCAGAUAACACGUCCUUCCCUCCGUUAACCUAAGUGCAAUUAACUGUGGAGGACCGUCUAAUAACAGGGUCUUGGAAGAAAAGUGAAGAAGGACUAAGUAAAGCCUUUCCGUAUGCCUUGUGCCCUGCGGUUUGCCGCCGGGAAGAUCUGUCCUC